CACCAAAAAGUUGUGGGAGUGAGAAGGGACGAGAGAAAAAUAACGAGAAAAACGCUUUUAAUAAAAGGCAACUGAAUUUGAAAAUAUAUAAACAAAUUCAAUAAAUAAAUGUCGUCUAGAAGAGCCACCCACGCCGGCAGCUGGUACACGGAUUCCAGCUCGGAACUGUCCAGACAACUGGAUCGGUGGUUAUCGGCUGCUGAGUUAUCGCAUGGUCCAGCACGUGCCAUUAUUGCACCACAUGCCGGUUAUACGUACUGUGGUGCCUGCGGUGCCUUUGCCUAUCGGCAAGUGAGCCCAGUUGUUGUGAAACGCAUCUUCAUAUUGGGCCCAUCCCAUCAUGUGCGUCUGCGUGGGUGUGCCUUGUCGGUGGCUAAAAAAUAUAAAACUCCACUAUAUGAUCUCAAAAUUGAUACUCAGAUCAAUGCCGAGCUGGAGAAGACGGGUCACUUUACUUGGAUGGAUAUGAAAACCGAUGAGGAUGAGCACUCAAUUGAAAUGCAUUUGCCUUAUAUAGCCAAAGUCAUGGAGGACUAUAAGGAUCAAUUUACCAUUGUUCCCAUACUUGUUGGCUCACUCAAUCCCGAACAGGAGGCACAAUAUGGUAGCCUUUUGUCAUCAUAUUUGAUGGAUCCAACAAAUCUCUUUGUGAUAUCUUCCGAUUUUUGUCAUUGGGGACAACGCUUUAGUUAUACUUACUAUGAUCGCUCAUGCGGUCCCAUUCACAAGUCCAUUGAGCAACUGGAUAAACAGGGUAUGGAUAUUAUUGAAACCCUCACACCAUCUGCCUUUACGGAAUAUCUGCGCAAAUAUAAUAAUACAAUAUGCGGACGGCAUCCCAUCGGUGUGAUGUUGGGUGCUGUCAAGGCUCUGCAGGAACAGGGCUAUAAUAAAAUGAGCUUUAAAUUUCUUAAAUAUGCACAGAGUAGCCAGUGCCAGGAUAUGGAUGAUUCAAGUGUUAGCUAUGCCUCCGGGUCGCUCGUAUUUGAAGUUUAACCAUAUACAAAAAAAAAAAAAUGAAUUACAGCAUCUUUAACUUUUGAAUUUAAGAUUAAAACACAUUUUUACAAUUAUUAGCAGUGAAUUGAAUUGAGAAUAAAAAAAACUAUUAUGAAGAACAUUAA